GGGAAAAGGAGAGCAGCAGAUGAGGUGGGUGGCACGGAGAGGGCAGCCGGGGCGUGUUCCUGCCUGACAGCACCGGCUCGGCACGGCACUGCAGGGGCAGGACAGGACCAUGGCACCAGGGCACAGCCCCCGGAGGGACAAGGCCAGCACGCCCAGGAGGGCUCUGCCGGGCGAGAGCUACGAGGAGAGGAGCGAGCGGCGACAGGAGGCGCGGGAGAGGCUGCGCUGCAGGGACAGGGACAGGGACAGUGGCAGCUCCCGCCGCCGCCCGGCGCGGCCCGGCAGGAGCCCAGCGCACAGCCCCCGCCUCAGGGAGUUCCUCCGGAGGAGAAACCUGGGGGGCGAGGCCGCGGAGACCCCGCCGGGACAGCAGCCCGAGGCACGAAGCCCUGCGGACCCCUCCCCUCGGGUGGAGCGCAGGGCGAGCAGCCCGCUGCAGCACCCGAGGAGCUGCCCCACGUUUCCCCCUGCUCAGUCCCUGCUGAGCCCCAGCACCCCCCAGGGACGAGGGGACUCUCUCAACACCCAAGGAACCCAGACCCUCCCGAAGCCAAGCUCAGCAGUGAGAGACUCGGGCCAGCAGACAGACUGGGGAAUAGCAGUUUUAAAUAAGGAAAUGGUACAGCUCUCCAACUACCUGAAGGAGGCCCUGCACCGCGAGCUGCUGCUCAAGCAGAAGAUGGUGAUUCUACAGGAGCUUUUGUCCACUCUGCUCCAGGCAUCAGAGAAAUCCUGGCAGGGUCAGCUAAACGAAGACAAACUGAGGUGUAAACUGCGGGUGCUGGAAAAUCAGCUGCAGGCCUGCACCCAGAGUUACUCGAAGGAGUGUGUGAAGAAGAUCCUGAUAGAGAUGGAGGACCAGAAGCAGACCUAUGAGCAGAAGGCAAAAGAGGCUCUUCAGAAGAUGCUGGAGGACAAACUCCAAACAGAGCAGCAGCUGCAAAACUCUCAGAGAAGCCUGGCAGAGACCCGAGAGGACCUUGCCUUCUGGAAAGAGCACGACGCCACAGUCAAAGCCGAGCUGACCAGGGUGACCACAGCACACAGCGAGCUCAGAAACAGCUUCCAGGCUCUACAGAGCGAGCUCCAGCGAGCGGAGGCGCAGAGCGAGCGGCUGAGCCGGGAGGUGCGGGCGCUGCGGGAGGAGCGCGCGGAGCUGCUGCGCACGGCCAGCGCCCUGCGCAGCGACAACGACCGCCACGCCGGCACCAUCCAGCACAUCCAAGAUAAAUUGCAAAAAGAACAAGAGCAGAAGGUAACACUGGAGGCAACAAUCAGCCAUUUGCAGAACUUGAUCCACAACCAGAACAACCUGGGGAAGAGCCAGGAGGUGACGGUGCAAAGGAAAGACCAGGUUUCCACCACACAGAGCCCACCUCUCUCUCCUGCCAAGGAAAACCAAAACGCUCUGUUAGAGCAGCCCGAGGAGGAGCAGGAGGGAGCAGAAAGCCUGAAGGAUGAGGUGCAGGAAAGGACAUCGCAGCUCACAGCAGAGGACAGCGAGGUACACGAGGACACCCCGGCAGCAGAGCUGGGCCGUGCCCCGCUGCAGGCGCAGCGCUGCAGCCGCUGCAGCAGCCCGGCCCCGAGGGGCGCGCCCGGGGCCGAGGGGACCCCUCCAGCCGGGAGCCCCGCGCUGUGCCCGCAGUGCCGGGAGCUGCGCGGGGAGCUGGAGGCGCUCAGCGAGGAGUACCGGGGCUGCCUGCGCCGCCUGCGCCAGUGCCGGGACGAGCUCCGCCGCGCCCAGGGCAGCCCGGCACAGAGACAGCGCGGCCCCUGGAUCCCUCUCCUGGUGGCAGUGGCAGCAGUGGCCAUGGCCAUCCUCCUGGCCAGUUCCAGGCUGUGAAGGAGCUCCCCGAAGAGUGACCUCACUGCGGGGACUGAGCUCUGCUUCACCGAGAGCAGCCUGGCCUCACCCACCUCCUGCUGCUGUGUGCACCUUGGGUUUGUACCCCAGCUGGUGUCACUGCAGACACCCGCAGUGACACGGGGACACCAGCCCAGCCCUGGGCUACUCUCACUGCCGGGUCCUGCCCAGGGCUGCACUGCCCAGUGCCCGAGGCGCUCAGGGACAAAGCCCCUCUGGCCACACAGGGCAUCCCGUGCCCCUGGCAUCCAGCCUGCCUGGCCUUUGUGCCCCCCAAGUUCUCCUCCUGUGUUCACUGCCUCCCUAAAUGGGAGGUGCUCAUCCUGCCCACCUCUACUCUCACCUGACAAAGAAACCCAGCUCAGGGGGGCUCUAUCACAGCCCCCUCCUGUGCCCUGAGCAAUUCUCCCACCUCACACCCACCAGAUCCUGUUCCAUCCCACUCCUCAGCCUCUCCUGUGGCUGAGCAUCCCCAGAGCUCACCUGCUCCCCUGUCACUGCCAGCACCACAUGAAUUCAUCUGACACACGGGGUUAAAGUCCCUUUUGCAGCUGCACCGUGCAGGUUUUACAGCAGCACUUGCCCCUCAUUCAUGUGAGGCUCAGACAC